ACGGGACCGCUCGGGCCGCCCGUCUCUCCCUCGCCGCUCCCCGCUCCCCGCCGCUCCUCUCUAUGGUGCGGGGCGGUGUGGUCACGUGGGGCGGGCAGGCCGGAAGGAGCCGGGCAGCGGCGGCUAAAUGAAGCGGGGCCGGCGGGGCGGCGGACGGGCUCGUUCCUCCUGUGAGCCUGACUGCCAUGCCUGGGCACUGACGCUUUCGGGUGCAGCUGUUUAAAAUGGCAGAGAGAGGUGGAAAUGAAGAAGUAACUGACUUGAACAGCUUCCGUGGUCACAGAGGAAAAGACCGGAUAAGCCGCGGGGACGAAGGUCUUAUCACGAUAUCAGAUUCCUCGGAUGAAGAAUUACCUUUGUUGUUGGAAACGCCAGCAGAGCAGCAGCACGAGGAAGAUGACGAUGAUGUUGUCAUCUUGGCAGAGACCCCAAAGCAUCACCAGCCUCUGCGUCCCAAUGUCAUCAGACCUGCUGCUCAAUGGCAGGGUGCAAACACGGUGGGAGAAGGAGGAUCUAAAAGUGCUGUUGGGCCUUUGAGGAGCAUAUAUCUGCAAGAUGACAACUCAACUCUGCUCUGCCAGGGAGAGCGGUAUAAUCACAUGGUGGAGAGCAGUGCUGGACCAAGCAGGGAUGAGAAUGUGAACUUUGCCUUGCCUGGACCAUCUGAGCUUAAUGGCCCCAGGUUUGAACUUACAAGUAACCAGGAGCCUGGCCCGAGUUUGCUUCCAGCAAUAAAGACGAGUCCACAGCCUGUUGUUAACAGAGAAAUUAUUAGUCUGGAGAAUGCAGGCUUUCCACCACAACAGGAAGAAAAGGUGGAAGCCCAGGGAUGGCAAGGAGACGACUUGGAGCCAGAGCAGAACCUCAGAGGAACAGCUGCUGCAACUACCACAGACCAGGAGACCCAUGAGGACAGACAGAUGGAUCACCCGUUCUUCCAGCCCUUGGAAGGUGAGCCACAUGCUCUAAUAAAUGGUUGUGCUCCUCAGCAAGGGCAGCCUGAAGCAGACCCAGGAUCUUUGAGGGCAUAUGGAGAGGAGGCUCCUGGGCCAGCCUUCCCACGACCUGAACCACAGCAGGAUGGGAUUCCAGGUCCCGCUUCACCCCAGCCGGCGCAUCCACCAGAAGAAACGAGUCAACAGGCAGCAAUAGACAAUGAACAGCCAGGUCCGGCAUUCCCUGCGCAGGGCUCUCAUGAACUCCGCUCAAGUAAUGUGCCAGAACAAGGAGCUGCUGGGCAGGACCAAGACCUGACUGCGCUGCUCAUCAGAGAGACAGAAGCAAGAUUCCCAGAUGCGAAGAAGGAAUAUAUUGAAGAGCUAAUCAGCAUCAAGAACUGCUAUGACUUAAAUGUACUUUGUAACUUUCUUCUGGAAAAUCCAGAUUACCCAAAGAAGAAAGGCAGAGUGGUUUUAAAUCCCAGCAGCAGCCUGCUUGCCAGCCAAGACGAGACAAAGGUGCCUAAAGUGGACUACUUCGACUUUUCCAAACUUGCCCCACUCGAUCAGCGGUGCUUUAUUCAGGCAGCUGACCUCCUCAUGGCAGACUUCAAAAUGCUGAGCAGCCAAGACAUUAAGUGGGCGCUACAUGAACUCAAGGGACACUAUGCAAUCACGCGAAAGGCCUUUUCAGAUGCUAUCAAAAAAUGGCAGGAGCUGUCUCAUGAAACCAGUGGGAAACGAAAAAGGAGGAAAGAAAUGAAUCAGUAUUCAUAUAUAGACUUCAAAUUUGAGCAAGGGGAUGUGAAAAUUGAGAAGCGCAUGUUCUUCCUGGAGAAUAAGAGACGGCACUGGAGGACCUAUGACAAGCGUUCUCUUCUCCCACCGGUGCUACUGGAGCAGGAAUUCUACGAGCAGAAAGUUAAAGAGAUGGCAGAGCAUGCAGACUUUCUUCUUGCUCUGCAGAUGAAUGAGGAGCAGUAUCAGAAGGAUGGUCAGAUGAUAGAGUGCUGCUGCUGUUACGGGGAGUUUGCGUUUGAAGAGCUAACUCAGUGUGCAGACGGUCACUUGUUCUGCAAGGAGUGCCUAAUUAAAUACGCUGAGGAGGCAGUCUUUGGCUCUGGGAAGUCAGAGCUCAGCUGCAUGGAAGGCAGUUGCACGUGUUCGUUCCCCACCAGCGAGCUGGAGAAAGUGCUUCCAGAGAACAUCCUCUGUAAAUACUAUGAGCGGAAAGCUGAGGAGGAGGUGGCUGCUGCCUGUGCCGAUGAGCUUGUCAGGUGUCCGUUCUGUAACUUCCCAGCUCUACUGGACAAUGACGUGAAGCGGUUCAGCUGCCCUAAUCCCCGCUGCAGAAAGGAAACAUGUCGGAAGUGCCAGGGGCUGUGGAAGGAGCACAUGAACCUCACCUGCGAGCAGCUGGCUGAGAAGGAUGACAUCAAAUACAGGACGUCCAUAGAAGAGAAAAUGACAGCCGCCCGAAUUAGAAAAUGCCACAAGUGUGGGACUGGCCUAAUUAAAUCGGAGGGUUGUAACCGCAUGUCCUGCCGUUGCGGUGCUCAGAUGUGCUACCUCUGCCGGGCUGCCAUUAACGGGUACGACCACUUCUGCCAACACCCCCGGUCGCCCGGGGCUCCCUGCCAGGACUGUGCAAAGUGCUCUCUCUGGACAGACCCCACAGAAGACGAUGAGAAGAUAAUCCAGGAGAUUCAGAAAGAGGCUGAAGAGGAGCAAAGGAAGAAAAAUGGAGAGAACAGCUUCAAGCGGAUCGGCCCCCCUGCGGAAAAGCCCAUGGAGAAAAUCCAGAGAAUUGAAGUCAUCCCCAGACCUGUUCCUCAGAACCUCCAUCAACCCCGGAUGCCCCCUUAUCCCUUCGUGCACCCUCCCUUCCCCCUGCCCCCUGUCCGUCCCCUGUUCAAUAACAUCCCCCUCAACAUCGGCCCCAUCCCUGCCCCCUACGUCCCCCCGUUGCCUAACAUGAGGGUGAACUAUGAUUUUCCUCAGAUCAAUGUCCAGCUGGAGCACAACUUGCCUAUGCACUUUGGCCCUCAGCCUCGACACCGGUUCUGACCUGGUUCAAACAGCACUUGGCGUAGAGUCACGGCGGGCGAAAGCCCCCCCCCGGUAACAUCUUCCCCCUCUCUGCUCCUCUCGGUUUAGCCAGCUGCAAGGGGACCUGCUCUGACUCGCGCGUACCUGCACCGCACCCCCCUUUAGGGCUUCUCUCAACCUUUGCAAUCCAACAUUUCAACCUGUGCUGCACCAGGGCUUGGUGCUGCGUUGCCGGCGUCUCUCCCUACGUUGGGCAUCCAGAUAUUUUUAUUUGACAAAGCCUGUUCAGGCAGCUGUUGGGAGGGAAAGCGAGACUCUGUGGAGCGCGGGGAAGCAGCCGUUCCUCGGGCACUUUCCUAAAAUCCUGCCUUCCUGCUGGCCGGAGCAGCUGCUGCGCAGGCAAGUGAGUCUUGGGGGAAGGGAGGAGGGAUUUGGCACCUGAAUAAAACCUUCAGGAACAAGGGAACGGGAGUCAGCUGCCCAGUGAGGCACGAGGCUGGGGUUCCCGUGUUCUCCAGCAUCCCUGUAACCCGCUGGCACCUCCCAGCAGAACUAAAUUGUUCAAACCCAAGAAAAUCUAGCUUUUUUUAGCAUUUCUCACUGCGCAAGCGGAGCGAGGGGAUGCAGCAGCCAUCUCGUUGCUGAGAUCUCGGUAGGGAAGCCCAGAACCGUGUUCUGUCUCGGGGCUUUAGCAAGUAGCAGACGACUUGGGCGCUCUCAUCCUUGGCCGAACUGAGCUUGCCCCCUUUGAAGGGCUCAGGUUUUCCCCCCGGCCCCACAACCCCGCCGAAGUCAUCCCAGAUUGCCCCCUGCUUCUGGCAGCGCUCCUCGAACAGCCGGUGGAAGCACCCGCAGACUCAUUUGCACCCUCUAUUGCAACAACUGCUUGGGCAAAUAAAUACGCGGUUAGCUGCGCAGGCGGUGGUGCGUGCUGUGUGUUGUGGCAGAAAAAUUAGGCAGAAGCGGCGUAGCCGUGCGGGCGGCGGGGAGCCGGGACCCCCCCUGAGCUGAGCCCCCCGCAACCCAUCGGGCAGCUGGAGCCUUCUGCUGCUGGAAGCUGGCUGCUUCCGCGGCUGCUUGAAUUCUGAAAACGUGUGUUUCGGCUUAAUUGACUUUCGGAAAAGCGUGUUUAAAAGGGCAACGUAUCGCUGGGCUUAGGAAGCGAGGAUUUAGGAAAAGCAAAACUUCCUUGGAAGAAGCCGGGGGGUGCAGUUGCUGGGCGGCGGGAGGAGCGUUGGCACGAAGCCCUUUCCCCGCAGCCCCCGGCUGUGCUGGCUGGUACAGGCCCCCUCUAGAAAAGAAAAUGGUUGGAGAGGAAAAAGAUCCUCCUCCCAGAAACGCUGGACGAGUUUUCAGCAGCCCAGUUGUGCUGCCGUUCCCCGAGUGGUCGGGUCUGGGCUGCAUCCUGCUCCAUCCCGCUGGGAACCCGCUCCCUGCGCUUCUCCUCCCGCUGUCCCCCCCCACUCCCCCAUAUCUGAGCAUCCAGGUGUCUUUUGGUUUUAUUUGAUUUCAGGUAAGCCUCGUGGCUUCUGCCAAAGCCUUGUUCGCAGCUCUGCGUCACCGCCCUGGGCACGGCAUCCCCUCCGGCAGGCGGUGGGCGCGGGGCUGUGGGUGGGAUGCUCCCGGAGGAGAGGCAGCGUCCGCCGUGGCCAGGGACAGCAUCUGGGGACUGUUGUGCCCAGGAGGGUCUCCCAGAGGGGACUUCCACGCGUUUUUGGAGCUGAGUCAGCAAAUUUCUCCACUCUGCGGCAUCACCUGUGGGUUGAACGUACCCUGCGGAGUGCCGUGUCCCAGCUCCUCAGUGCGGUGGUCUCUCUAGCGUUAAUAACCAGGUGGUGUCCCCCUGCUGCUACCGUUUGCUUUUUUUUUAAAAUUUGUAUUUAUUUCAGGAAGUAGUCAGGGGGCUGCAGGAACUUACGGCUUGCUGCUCGGUGGGGUUUUAGCCGGGUUUAAAUCCAACCUUGUACCGAGUGAUUCCUGCAGUAGCCGGGAGCUGGGUGUCCCGAUGGGUUUGGGAAGGGCUGCGUUGGGAGAAAAUGGACCCCGGUCAGAAGAAGCGCGGGUGGCUUCCACAGACGGAAAGGGAACCCUGGGGAUUUAAUAGCCAAGAUAUCGUGGGCUCAAGGGCUGGCUUGGAUGAGGCCUCCAGGCUUUCUAGAGCAGGUGCCUUUCUCCAGCAGCGUGGUGGUGGUUGUCCCCCAGCACCGGGCUGUGCCAAGGGGGGUGAGGCGGUGGCGGUGGGUCGGGCAGCAGGGACACAGCUCGGCUGCUGAAUUGGUGGCCCAAACUCUGAAGGAAAGGGGAAUUGUCACACAGAGCUCCGUGGCUGGGGGCACGAGCAAAAACCGAUGGUCUAAUCCCAUCUGUUGGCGUGUGUCGAGAGAUGGUGGGCGUCAGGAACUCAGCCUUGGCAGAGGGAAGUGCUGGCGGGAGCGAGAGGGAUGGAGAAGGUCGGGCAGAGGUGGCGAGGGGAGGUUGGUGUCGCUGCUCCGUCCUCCUGCUUGGGAUGUGAGGGUCUUCUGCUGGCGUGGCGCAGCGGUCGCGGUCCUGGAGGAGCCCAGUAGAUGCAGGGGGGAGAGGACAGUUGUCACAUUGUCCCCUGCAAAACCAUGAGCUGAUUCGUGUCUGAGAGAGGGGAAACCGGUGCUUGGUCUGUGACGGGGAGCAGCCCCGAGCGAUGGGCCGACACUGGGCUCCUGGUGCUGCUUCUCUCCGCGAGAAAACGCCCUUUUCGCCAAAAAUUACCCCGCAGCCAAAGCGCGCGGCUGCUCCUCCCCGCUAACCCCGGAGACCUCGAGGUGUGGUUUCUGAUAGCGCUCGGGUCUCUUGAUUUAUUUAAAAAAGGGAAAAAAAUACCACGCGAAACUUACUGCGCAACCGCCAGAGCCAUCCGUCCUCUCCUCUCCGACGCCUGCGUCCCCUUCUCCCUCCUGCCCCGCUGUCCUCGAAACCGUUUGUCCUUUAGAAGGGGACAGGGAGGCGGCCGGGCCGGGGGCCACCCCGUAACAGGUACUUCUUAGGGUUAAUUGCAGUGUCCCGUUUUACUUGCCUUAAAGGUGGAGAGAGAAACUUAGUAUUUGCACUUAGCAAAACGUUAUAUUAAAAGAAAGGAACCCUGUAAAGAUGUGCAUGUUCUGCAACUUUGUAUAACAAUAGCCGAAAAUAAAUAGGUGGUUUAUUAAAAAACAAACAAAAAAAACCCCAAACAAACAAACAAAAAAAAAAACAAACUCAAAAAGAAAACAAAAAAUAUUUUUCUUUACCUCCCGGUAGUAAACUUGUUCUAAUAUUCUGUGUGUAAAAAGUUCCUGUAUUAUAUUGUAAUUUGAAUUUUUUUGUAAAUAAAUUUGUGCACU